AUGAAGAGCUUGCGGAGGGGCGUCGGCACCUCGGACGCCAUGCGCAUGCGGAUCAGCGCAGAAGAGAGAGUGCGAUCGAACCCACGGGAGCGAUUCAAGAAGCGGAACUCCAUCAACUCGGACUCCCAAUUCCGGCGGCUGUCCGAGUGGAACUUUGGCCAGGAGCCCUCGGUAGAGCUGGACAAUGGCCCUACAACCGAGAUCGACAGGAAAGUGGAGGAGGUCCUCCAAGCGAGGAGAGCCGAAAGAGAGCAAAGAGCACAGGGAUCACGCAAUCCUCAGCAUGGUGUUGGAACAAAGCUUAUUCAGCUGCCUGGGACGAUUCCUGCACUGGAGCAGAAGAGACGACGCGAGCAAGAGGCCCAACGACGGCGGGAGCUUCUUUCGCCCAGCCUCGACCCCUUGCACGCAAUCAUACUCGGCUGGGACUAUUUCAAUCUCGAAGCUUCGCACAAACGCGAAGACUUGCGCCAAGUGCCCAUUCGGUUCAGCAGCGCCGAGGACUACAUUCGCAUCUUCCGACCUCUGCUAGUUGAGGAGUUCCGGGCUUCUCUCGAACAGGACAAAGAGGAAGACGAAUUCCCUCACGUCCAGCAAGUCAAACUCUCCUCUCUGGACAAGGUCGACUCCUUCCAUGUCGUGCAUUUCAAGUACAAGGUCGAGCCGGAUAGGCAUGCUCGUGACUUCUUCGAGAACGACAUCUUGCUCAUCGCAGACCAAAGAAACAUCCUCCUCAAGGGAAAGGCACAGUGGCUUCGGAUGGGCCAGCUCUACUUUGUUAAAAAAGGUCUCCCGUAUAACGACCACGCACCGCGAGUUCAAGGCCCUCAUGUCCGCCGCGCACCUACACUUGCGAGCUUGUGUGAGAGUGACAGCUUUGUACUGCUCCAGGGACCUCCCGGCACGGGAAAAACAAAGACGAUUCUGGGCAUUUUGAGUUCGUCGCUCAUCAUGUCGCGCCUGUCUCAAGCAACCCAAACCGAUCCGAACAACAAAAGAAAUCCUGUUCUCGUUUGUGCUCCCUCGAACGCCGCCGUGGACGAGAUCUGCAUGCGAUUGCUCGAGGAUGGGCUGUUCAACGAGUCAUCCGUACACCCGAUGGUCAAGGCCAUCACGCUUGCGAGCCUGCUGGACGCCGAGAGCGACAAAGGGAAUAGCGUCCUCAAGAAGGAGCAGGUGGAGUUCGAGGGCUUCCGAACGAAAACCGACGCAACGCGCAAAGAACUGGAGCAGGUCCUGAAGAAGAUCAGCGCACUCCAAACAGAGUUGACGGAUCUGCGCAAGCGGAGAGAGGAAUCCCUUGCAUCUUCAGGCGGCCUGGGCCUGACCCCAGAUGAGAAAGCCGAGUUUGCGAAGGAAAGCGAGCUCCGCCGUGAGCUAACUGAGCUACACAAUGGUAAGGCCAAGUUGGGUAAGGAGAUCAGCCGAUUCCACGAGACCAGAAAGAAGUAUGGAAGCAGGGUGUCCAAGCUGCGCAAGCAGAUGGAGCUGCAGAUCCUCAACGAAACGGACAUCGUGCUCACCACCCUGUCGGGAAGUGGCUCCGAUAUCUUGUCGCACAUGAGCCAUGGGUUCGAAACGGUGGUGAUCGAUGAAGCGGCGCAGGCUGUCGAGAUGGCCACGCUCAUUCCGCUCAAAUACGACUGCAGGCGAUGCAUACUUGUGGGCGAUCCCAACCAGCUUCCGGCGACUGUCAUUUCGCAAGCGGCAUCGUCGUUCCUGUAUGCGCAGAGUCUGUUCCAGCGGCUCCAGAAAGCGGGCCAUCCGGUUAUCAUGCUCGAUGUACAGUACCGCAUGCAUCCGUUGAUCCGCGAGUUCCCCUCCAAGCACUUCUACGACAACCGACUAACUGACGGACCCAACAUUGAUACAAGCCAAAGUGGCCUGUACAACCAACCCUACCACGCCGAUCCGAGCUUCCAGCCUUUCCUCUUCUACGACCUGUGCAAGGGUGUCGAGGAGCAAGGUGCCCGCGGGCAGUCCUAUGUAAAUCCGGCCGAGGCCACUUUUUGUCUGCAACUCUUCCAGGACCUGUGCUCGCGCUUCCCACAUAUUGAGAGUGGCGUGAUCACGCCGUACAAGCAACAGUACUUUCUGCUCCAGCGGACCUUCGCUGCAGCUUUGGACAAGGCGACCUACAGUGCCAUCGACAUCAACACAAUCGAUGGGUUUCAAGGACGCGAGAAGGACGUCAUCAUCUUUUCCUGCGUCCGAGCUCACGAAACGAAAGGCAUCGGUUUCCUUUCGGACAUCCGACGCAUGAACGUGGCCCUGACCCGCGCCAAGUUCGGACUCUUCGUGGUGGGCAAAUCGACCGCGCUGCUCAACAAUCCGCACUGGGGCGCUCUGGUCAACCACGCCAAGGAGAAGCAAUUGAGUUGUUCGCUCAUCUACAGAUAG